AUGCUACAGAAGUUCUUUGAAGAUGAUGAUGUGUUGAUUGAAUCAAUCUCUCCUGCAAUCAAAGUUUUGGCUUUGAAAUUCCCUGAUUCUUUCGAAAUAAAAGAAGCGACAAAUCCAAUUUACGAAAUUGCCACUUCACUUUUGGCCGAUGAAGAAGAGUUUUGCGACAAUUACUGGGAAUAUUUAAUAAUUGUGUUACAAGCAAUAUUUGUUAGAUGCUGCCAUUCUUCUUUCGCUUUGGAAUUCAUUGGAGAAAUUAGCGAAAAUUUGGCUGAUUGGGAUUUGCAAAUCCACGACAUAGUUGCAAGUAUGGCAACAACUGAUCAAAUACCAACAUUCUACACAUUUUGGAUAGAAAAUACUCGUCCUGCAGCAUUUUUAAGAUCUGCAAUUUCUGUUUUCGAAAACUUUGAACAUUUGCCACAAUUAGCUGGGAAAAGAGAUGAAAUUCUUGAGAUUUGCUUCAGAAAUAUUGAAGUUCUCAAGGAAAAUAUGUCAAAUGAUGAUGAAAUGGAGAUGGAUGAAGAAGAAUUAUCCUUCUUUGUUGUGAACGAAUUUUGCAAGUAUCCUUUGUUUAAGAAAUAA